AUGGCAGAGAUGGAAAAAGAGGGCAGACCUCCGGAAAAUAAAAGAAGCCGAAAACCAGCUCACCCGGUGAAAAGGGAAAUAAAUGAAGAGAUGAAGAGUUUUGCGGAGAACACCAUGAACGAGCUGCUGGGCUGGUACGGCUAUGACAAGGUGGAGCUGAGAGACUCCGACAACCUGGAGAUCGGGGAGACGCCACAGCACAUCUCUGUCCUCAAAGAAAACAUGUUGCCAAAAAUCCCACCUUCAACAGAGAGCGGCGAAGGCUCUCCGGAUCGAGCCAACAGCUCCCAGUCUUUGCCAGCCUCCAGGAACGGAGUCACAGAGCCCUCCACCACCCCGUCCACCUCCACGCCCAGCACCAAGGAACAUGGCAACCUGCCCAUCAUAGUGCCCAUGAUCCCCCCGCCACUGAUCAAGCCCCCUGCAGAUGAAGAUGCAUCCAACGUGCAGAUCAUGUGCGCCUGGUGCCAGAAGGUCGGCGUCAAACGCUAUUCUCUGAGCAUGGGGAGUGAGCUGAAGAGCUUCUGCAGCGAGAAGUGCUUCGCCGCGUGCCGCAGAGCCUAUUUUAAGAGAAACAAGCUGGGAUAUGUAAGGAACUCCGCUGCGAGAGACGACGAUGGCCUCGGUGGGAAAUUACCCCAGCACAGCUUUACUCAGGACACGCCCAGGCUUGUCUUCAAGACAAACAGCGAUGUGCUUGUGUGUGACUGGUGCAAACAUAUUCGCCACACUAAGGAGUACCUGGACUUUGGUGCUGGUGAACGGAGGCUGCAGUUCUGCAGUGCCAAAUGCCUGAACCAAUAUAAGAUGGACAUUUUCUACAAGGAGACUCAGGCCGCGCUGCCUGGAGCACUGUGCAACCCAGGACAUGGAGCUGGUGGGGAGGGUAAGCUGGAGUGCAGUGGAGGGGUACAGCUCCUUACUCCUGAAUCUUGGGGAACGCCGUUAACGGACCUCCGGCGUAAAGCCCCCUCACCAGGGGGGCCUUCCACCACCUCUGCUUUGGCCCCUUCCAGUUCUUCUGCCACCUCACCCUCGGACACUGCUGCUGUCUGCUCGCCAUCCUCCUCCUCCUCAGCCAAGAUCCCCACACCCAGACCCCACGAGAGCCCCACACUUCCCCCUCCACCUGUUCCCACUCUGCACCCACCUGUCGGGGUUCCCUCUGGUAGCCCUCCCAUGGUGAUGACACCCAGGGGACCUAUGCCCCUGCCUCUGUUCAUGGAGCAUCAAAUGAUGCAGCACAUGCGUCCUCCAUUUCUUCGCCCCUCUCCCCACCCUGCAGGGCCAAAUAGCCCCCUGUCAAACCCCAUUAUUCCUGGUAUUGGUCCACCACCUCCCCCUAGGACCAUUGGUCCAGCAUCGAGCCCCAUGCACAGGCCACUGCUAUCUCCACAUGUCCACCCCUCAUCCAAUCCCAACCCUGGCAUGAUGCCCCCCCACCCUGGUCUCCCCAUGCCAGGUCUGCCCCCUUUCCCCCCAGUCAAUAUGAUGCCCAAUGGACGCAUUCCUCUGCCCCCAAUGAUGAACUUUGGCAUGCCAUCCUUGGCCCCAUUGGUUCCCCCACCAACUCUCUUGGUUCCUUACCCUGUCAUUGUUCCCCUCCCAGUCCCCAUCCCUAUUCCAAUCCCAAUUCCCUUCAGUCCCAAAGCUUCCAGGGACCAGCCUGAGAGAAGUGGCUCUGCCCGCAGUGCUAAAGAGUCCUCCGAAGCUUCAGCUUCUGGACCCCACUCUCCAGGUACCUCUGGAGGUGACGGAGGUGAGCAGAAAGUGGAGCCAUCUGGUACAGAGUGUCUCUCUCCUGUACACUCAGAGAGAAGCAGGAUGGCGUUGGUGGACUUGACUGUGAAGGCAGAGGAGAGUUCGGGCAACCUAGGCCUAACCAGCGGCCCCGGACCGAUGGAGGGAGUGAUUGAUCUAACCGUGGGCCAUAGGUCAUGCCAACAGCAGGUAAUUCAGAGGAUGCUACCUGGGGUCCAGGUCAAAGUAGAGGCUGAGGCUGAAUCCAGAUCUCCUCCAGCUGCUGGACUGGAGAGGGAAGGGAAAGGUAGUCAUGAUGGGGGUGAAGGGGCCCUCUCACAGGGCCUCCUCAGUGCUACAGAGCUGGAAGGGGCCUCACUCCCAAGCACACUGGAAUCAUCAGGCCCACCCUCCAGCAGCAGUAGCCCCUCUUGCAAUGCCGAUCCUCCAGUAAACCAGCUAAAUCCCUGUGUCUCCAACAUUGCCCCACCUACUUUACCCAGCACAGCACGGACCCAGCCCCAACUCCUGCCCCAGCUCCAAGCUAGCCCUGCUGCCCCGUGCAAUGUCAUAGUCAAUGGUACGGGAUGGCAUUCCCUUCUCACCUCUGCCUUUGAGUCUUGCCCUGACCGAAGAGGAGAGAACGUUGCAGGAGAAGGAGAAGCAGAGGAGCAGCCAGCCAAUGGUGAGCUGGAGCGUGAGGCACUGAAAGAGAACAAUUGCUCGGUUGGAGACUGGGAGCCGGGGAAGCGGGGCCCAGUGCAAGAUGAGAUGGCGGACACAGUGGAGGGUAAGCCAGACCCUGACUCCAAUUUGGAGGAGGGUGAGCACGCCUAUGCCCUGCCACUGCUGUCUACCGGAGGCUGUGUGGUCAUCCAGCCUGUGCCAAAGCCCGGCGCUGACAAGACGGCCAUCCUAUCCUGCUCCAUCAGUGCCCCCUUAUCAGCAGCCGGGAGCCCCGAGCUGGAGCCGCCGCUGAAGAGGAGGUGUCUGCGAAUCCGCAAUCAAAACAAAUGAGAUGGACGCUCUGAGGACCACAGUGCCAUCAGUGACACUUACUUGUCCACCCCCCCACCUCCAAAUCCCACCCCUCCCAAACACACCACCGCACACACGCACACACAAACAGUUUUCUCGUCCUCACUCAUCGUCCAGUCUACCAGCACCACAAAUCGCCUUCGACGACUGA